CACACUGGUCCUCCUCUCGUCGUGUCAGCCGGGGCUAGCCCAGCAUCACCGCCUGCUUCUUUCUCCCUCCUCCGUGUUUCCAGCGCGCCUGUUCCUUUCAUUUGGUCGUGUUAUGACCCCGGAUGGUCUCUGCGCCUAUUUUUUAAAUUAAAUCGACUUCUACUUUGAUCACGAGGCGUGUUUUUGGACGCGGCUUCCAUCCAUCCACGACGCCGUGGAGGAGGAGGAGGAGGAGGAGGAGGCAGGGUGCGAACACAGCAACGCCCAUUUUGACACCCACUGAAUCCGCUGCUGCAUCCACGAAGACGCGCCGCCGUGUCUCCCGCGACCGCCUGUUUACACGCCGAGCACGAGCCCUUCCAGCGGAGCGGCAGCCGCAGCGAUCGACGGGGCUCCGCGCCGCAGAGGCUCCGUGGCCGCCGGCGAGCAGCGCCGUUGGGUCCCCGUCCUGCAGACUGCACCAGUGGCCUUAACCUCCUGCAUCCCUGUGGUCCUGCGGCGCCCCCCGCCCCCCCAACCUCCCUCUCCGAGCUCCCUGCUCAUCAUUCUCCUCUCUGGUCCCCCACCAUCGCGUCCAGCUGUGGCCCUCGCAGGGCGCGACUGCUGGCGCUCACCUGACAGGUCCCUGGCCUCAGGACGACAGCCAGCACCAACACGUUCCCUACAUGAGGGACAAAGCAACGCAGACCCCCAGGGCCUGGGCAGAUGAGAGGAGGAGGGGCUCUCACAAACGCUCGGCCUCCUGUGGGAGCACCGACCAGCUCAAGGAGAUCGCCAAACUGCGUCAGCAGCUUCAGCGCAGCAAACGCAGCAGCCGCCACCGGAGGGACAAAGAGCGCAAGUCUCCGUUCAAUGGCAGCCACACCAUCAUCCAGACGCAGUCGCCUAUGCCCAAGACCAUUCUUAUACCCAUCCCCAUAUCCAAGUCAUCGGCUCCUCGAUUCCGUAACAGCGUGGAGGGCCUGAACCAAGAGAUCGAGCGCAUCAUCAUCCGAGACACCCCAGAGAAGGACGAGCCCAUCGUGCCGCAGGAUGUCCCAGACGGGCACCGCGCGCCCCCGCCCCUCCCGCCGCAGCGCAGCAGCAGCACCCGCAGCAUCGACACCCAGACGCCCUCGGGGGGCGGCCUGAGCGGUAACCAUAGCAACUGCAGUAGCCGACCCGACUCCAUCUCGCCCUCCUACCUCACCGUCCUCAACGACGCGGGCGGAGGCAGCCCCUACGAGGAGAAGGAGCUGGGUCCCUGCUCCCCACUGCCUAAAUACGCCGCCUCCCCCAGACCCAACAACAGCUAUAUGUUCAAGAGGGAACCUCCAGAGGGCUGUGAGAAGGUCAAAGUGAGCGAGGAGUCCAUGCCCAAAGCUCUGCAGGAGAUUCCUCCCUUCCUGUGUCCCGACCGCAACAAGGUCAACUUCAUCCCGAACAGCGGCUCUGCCUUUUGCCUCGUCAGCAUCCUCAAGCCCUUACUCCCGGCCCCGGACCUGGGCUUCCGGUCCGGGGUGGGCCUGCGAAACCUGUCCCCGUCCCUGGUGCCUCUGUCCACCCAGCCCUGCCUCCUGGAGGAGCCCGAGAGCUUCUGAUGAGUCCUUACAGUCACCACAGCCCCAAAAACAACGAAAAUUACAAAAAAUAAAAAAGAUUUGAGAACGUUCGAAAUAAGGAAAACAACCCUUUGCUCCAAAAAAUGCCUUCAGCAUGCCAGCUAAGCUCUUCUGAUGUCCUUAUCUUGUUAAAAAAGCGCUUCCCACUGCCUCUCCUCCUCAGACGACUACAGCGUGAACAUCCUGCAGCCCUGAGCAGGCGGCUGCAGCCAACAUUUCAUCGCUUUCUUCUACCUUUAGUGCUGGUCAUGUUCUGUUUUUUUUUUUUAGGAGGAAAAGGGUUGAAAGGGACUACCUUUGAUUUCAUCGUAUUAUACCAUGGCGCCUUUCCACGGACAUAUCUCUUUUUCUAUCUGUAGUUAUUUCUCUUGAUAUGAAAUAUGCCUUCCAUUACAAAAAAGGCCGCUGGUUUCCUUGGCGACCAAGAGAUUGACCACGGAGGCUAAUUUUGGUGCUGCCAAAUAUAUCGUAGCAAAACUUGAAGGGUCGUGAUAGGAGACAGUAAACAUGUGCCUGAUACUUCAGACCGCUCAGUUUCCCCAGACUAGCUAGGUGCUCGGGUCGUGUUUGAGCUUUAGCCUGACGCACAUGAUCGUUGCACUGCAGUUGUCACAGAUACACACACACACACACACACCUAAGAGCAGGGCCAGGCUGGAAAUGCACUAGCAAGGUGGCGCAGAUACAGUAAAUAUGUGCGCCACCUGUUCUCUUGGACCCACCGGUGUCAUCGGACUGGGCCCUGCUGGGAGGUGUGUCUCUGCGGGAAACACAGGCCAGGGCUUUGAUGUGCAGCAUGUUCAACCUGUGUCUGCUUACCCCUCCUCCUCUGUCCACGCGCCAGCCUUUCCUCACGACGACCUUUUUUUGAGGCCAGUUCACACUUUCCACACCCCCCGCUGGACUGCAGAACAUGACGCUUGACCCUCAAAGGGACGACAUGAUCACAGAUACCGACGGCAGCCCUACGGAUGCAGGAAGUGUGAACUGGCCCCCGCCUUUCUCCGCCACCUCUUCACGUUCCUACUUUCUCCAUCCCCUUGUCUCCUUCAUCACGCUGAUUCCCUUUUGUCUUGCUCGGCUUGUGCUGUGAAAUAUGCCCAGAGGGGUCCGGUCAGACAGACCCUCUGGCCUGCAGGGCUCCAAACAUAGAGAGAGUGAACUCUAGUACUACACUGCAGACCACGGACGUACUGUAUGUCCCCUGAUAGAUUGAUGGUGACCCGUGAGUGGAGCUGUUGGCCUACACAGAGGCAGCUUAGCAAAGCAGCAGUAGCAUGUGGAUCAGGACACGGUGUGGGCACAUUUUAGAAACACUCGGAGCCCAGUGCAUAAUCCAAGGUGUUACACAUGUAAAAAGCUCUAAAAGUCAAUUUAAGUACUUGAAGUGAGAGGCAGCCAGCUGUGUCGAAUAAAGUAAAUGAAGCCGAGAUGGUAGAGAUCAAAACAGAGCCACGACUAAAUUAAUACACAACACAGCUAAAGAACUACUUACUGGCCUUCGAGGCAGAUGGAAUCCUAGAUUAAGUUGAUUUAAUAAUCUAUCCGUUUGAGCAUCUGAUGACGGUCUGAAGUGUAGUUCUGGCAUUAGCAGCCUCUUUGUGCUCUGGCCCAACCUCUUGUAAAUGUCUCUAUUAGCUGACUGUGCCUGGUCCGGUGGGUUAGGAAUGUACUGGAUUUGUAAAUAUAGAGGCACAAUGUGUUUGUAUAAUCGACUGACAAUGAUAUGUAUCUGAAUGAGUCAAAUGUACCAUAUAGCCCUCCCCUGCCCCCCCUUCCACUGAGUACUGUGAAUUACUACAUCUCAUUAUUGUGAGUACUAAUGUAUUUAUUUAUAGGACAGGAGUGUAAUUGGGUCUUCAGAGAAUAUCAGUUAAUAGAUCACAUCGUCAUCUCAGGUUUUCGGGCGCACGCUGACACGUCUGCACGAGAGCAAACCAACAGCUGCUGACUAUGUAGCCUCACGCAGGCCGAAUCCUGAGUGAUGUAAACGUGUAGCAGAGCAGAGCCAGAAAGCGUGGAUGUUUGUUCUGUGACCUGAAGGAACAAGCGCUGAUGAGAGGCUCCUCUCUCUGGGACACAAUCACACCCACAGCGACGUCUAUCAUUUUUAGAUAAACAGUGUGUUUGCAAUGUUUACAAGAAUUAGUUUGACAAAGCAGAUUCAUAAAAGGGGGAAAAAAAACAGAUUUAUCGCCAACCUUGUUUUGUAUUAUUCCAAGUGGAAAAACUGCAUUUUGGAAUGAAGCUCCACACAGUGAUUCUUUGUUUGCUUGUCUGGUUUAUUGGAAAUAGAACUGCCAAGUUUUCAUCUGUUAAACCCCUAGAGUGAAAUAAAAAGGCAUAGUUGAAUUAAACAAA